AUACUUUAGUGGCACUAAUCAUGUGAUAUUGAAAUUUAAAAAAUGGGUACAAAGACACUAACGGAUAUUCACAAUGAUUUGAAGCUUUUGAUUACUGCAAUCAGUGAUUUUGAGGAAGGUGAAGAAGGCUUUCAAAUUUGCGAACGCUUUGCAUUAUCUCAAAUAAAGCAUCAUCGUUACUUGUCGGUUAACAGUCACGCAGUGAAAAAGGAAAUUGAAGAGAUAACUCAAAAAUUUCUGAUUCAUGGAAAAUAUGAUGUCGCUAGAGAAUUUAAAGAGUCGAUUGAUUCAUUUUUAACGACUUUUGAUUUUGAGAGGCAUCCGCAAUACGAUGUCCAAUGGUCAUUAUUGUCAUUACUAUUGAAUUUAGCUAAUGAAACUAAUAAUUCUGAGUUGAGUAGUAGUUCCCAGCAAAGUAAAGAUCGUAGUCAAAAUGUUAUAUUCACUGCCGAUGAGGACAAGUCUGAAGAAAUUGACUGGGGACAGUAUUUGAAAGAAGGGUUGGAAGACUUUUUUUGCAAUUAUGAAAGUGACAGUGAUAAUAAUUGGUCUGAUGAUGAAAAUAACGGUCAGUUAGAUGCGUCGUUAAACAAUUAUCAAAAACCAUGUACAACUGAUAAAAAUCCAGUAACUUUAGAUAUAAAUAAAAUUAAGUCCUCACCUAUAAAAACAUUAAAAAGUUUACCACUAGAAAUAUUAUCAAAAAAUUGGUUAAAAACCAAUGUUCAGAAUACUUGGUGGAAUAACUUGGACUCGCAUCAUUAUGAAGUUGAAAGUCAAUUCGAGGCGGCUCAUCUUUACAAACUCUGGAGAAGCAAUGUCGUAAUGAGCAGUAAAAUUCUAGGGACAGUCAGUGAAUAUCAAGCGUGUAGAGAACUUUUAUGGAUGUUUUAUACUCCAUCCACAAUGGCUUUGUUUCAGGGGGGACAUGAGACUGAAACUUCUGUACAGGAUGUAUCGAUACCAAGUUUAACAACGGUAGCUUGUAAAAGUAUGCUACUCUCUUAUUGUCAAUAUAUUUCAAUGAUGAGAGAAAUGGAAAAUUUUCUUGAAAAAUUGUUCAAAUCAAACGACCCAUCUAGUCAAAAGCGUAAGCCCCCGUUGACUUAUGAAGCAUAUGCGGUGGCUUUGCAACAAGAACUCUUAAAUAUAAAGACAGAAAUUGUUGAAUUUGAAAUGAAAACUAUGAAACAAGAAGAUCAAAAUACAUUUCUCUCCAUUUCAAGAACGCUUAAAAGCCUGUUGGAUAGAAUGAAAAUGGUUUUUGAAAUUCAUAAAGCCAUUGACAUCAAUUGGGAAGACUCGACUAAUUGGGAAUGCGCUUCCAAAUUACUGUCAAGCCUAUAUUUCAAAAUGCAAAACUCGAGUAACUGUGAAACUAUCAAAUUAUGUGUUAGAUUAUAUUUAGCUAGUAUAUCAGCAUAUCUCAACAUUGUUGAUGUUUGGUUAAGCGAAGGGAGACUAGAAGAUUGGAGAGAAGAAUUUAUUAUUUAUAGAUGUAACGAAAAUGGAGAAAACAGUACGCGAGAAGAUAGUAGUCCUUUGGAAGGAUUUGCUUGCAGAGAGCUUAGUUCAAUAUGCUUGGAAGAUCCAAUUAUGAAAGUUUUACUGCACAAAGUUUAUCAUAUGGGUCGAAGCGUAGAGCUUCUUGUUACUUUAGAUCGUAUUUCCGAUUUGUGGUACAUGAUGGAUCAAGAGAAAGUUUUAAUGAAAUCAUUGAAUGAAGAAUGCCUGAAGAAAAUUUUAUCCGAAUGUUCCAAAUAUGACCACUCCAGCUUCACCAACGACCUGACCGAUUCAGUUCCAUUAAGUAUAAUUGAAAUUUCGGUACCGCAUUUGCAUGAUGCUGACGUAGAGCAGAAUAUUAUGCAACAGGUUACAAACACAAAUAAUCCGUUUCUUAUGAAAGCAUUAGAAAACUUCAUUCUGCCAGAAAGUCGAAAUUCGGAUAGUAUCGACGGCACAAGUACCAGCUCGCAUAAAUCGGUAAAAUGGACAAAAGAUGCUCAGGAUGAUAAGUUAUUCGAGUUUUUGACAAUGUCAGAGAUGGUUUUGCCAUGGAAAAAAAUCUUUGAGUAUGCAAUCUCAAAAGUUCUAGAUUUUAAAUUUAGUGGAGCUAGUAAAUUAGUAAAAGAUAUUUUAAUGAGAGAAUAUAAAUUAGAAGUACAAUUGAAAUUGAUGAGAUCAGUUUAUAUGAUGGAAACUAGUCAUGUUAUGAAUAAAUUUUGCAAAAUUUUUUUCACUAAGAUCGAAUCUAAUGUUAUGUGGAACAAUUCUCACUUCGUUUCAUGUUUAUUAGAAGAAGUAUUGUCUCAAGAGUGGCCAGAUUCCACUUCACGAUGGUCGAUUGCAAUUACAAAUAUUAGAACCACAAAAGUUCUCGAAGCUGUUAAUAGUGUAACAUUGAACUAUGCUGCUGGUUGGCCAAUAAAUAUGCUUUUGAAUGAAGAAACUUUAGAAAAGUACAAUAAAAUUUUUAGAUUUGAACUUAAACUUAAAUGGGCUCUAUGGACACUUAAUACGCUACGAUUCAGUGAUUUGGAAGCUAUAAAUGAGUCAAGAGUUCCAGAUAUUAUCCAACAUUUUCAUAUCAGAAGGCUUGAAAGCUUGAGGUUCUGGCUCCUUCAUGCUAUCGGAUCCAUACAUGCGUAUUUAUCGGGACAGGUUUUACAGGGUUUAGGCACAACGUUAGAAAAAGCUCUUAUUGAAGCUGAUAACUUGGAAGCUAUAGUGUCAUUUCACAGUGACUAUUUAGAUAAUGUACACGAGCAUUGCCUGCAAACAGAAAAGUUUGAAGAUUUAAUUCAUACUAUAUACAAGCUGUUGGAAAUGUGCGAAAAGAUUCGUGACAAAUGGAAACCGGAAUCGCUGAUAUUUAUUGGCAAGAUCCUCGAUCAAUUCGAAAACGAUUAUGUCAAGUAUCAUACGUUUUUGGCCUUGGGAUUACACAACGCCGUGCAACAUAAGGAUGCUGAUUACCUGACCGGUUUGAGCUCUGCCUUUAAUUGCAGUAUGCCGUCGACGUAAUGUAGCAAUAUACAAACACAUUCGAAAAACAAAAAAAAACAACAAUGAAUAGCUUAUUAAUAGAAUAUUAAAUUUUUCAUUA